AUGCACUGGCCCAGCGGCAGCGACAAAAAGCUGACGAAGAGGAAAGGGCAAAUUCAUCCGAAUCCACUUCGGAACCACCGGCAAGCUGGCUGGAGCGACAUGGAGAGCUAUCUCUUAGAGGAAUCGCGGGUCAUCUCCCAGCAAGCCGCUGAGAGGGGCUACCACAUUUUCUACCAGAUUCUCUCCAACAAGAAGCCUGAGCUUGUUGAGAGCCUGCUGCUGGUCCCCAACCCCAAGGCAUACCACUGGGUGAGCCAGGGCGUCACUGUCGUGGAUUACACGGACGACGGGGAAGAGGGGCAGAUCACAGACGGGAGAAGCCAGGGGCAUCUGGGCUUUCUCCCCGCUGUGGCCUUGCAGGUGGCUUUUGACAUGCUGGGCUUCAGCACCGAGGAGAAGAUCGGCCUGUAUAAGCUGACCGGGGGCAUCAUGCACUUUGGCAACAUGAACUUCAAGCAGAAGGCUAGAGAGGAGCAGGCCGAAGUGGACACCACGGAGGGUAGAAAGGCCGUCUACGACAAGAUGUUCAAGUGGCUGGUGAUCCGGAUCAACAAGACCUUGGACACCAAGAUGCAGCGGCAGCUCUUCAUCGGGGUGCUGGACAUCGCCAGCUUCGAGAUCUUUGAGUUCAGCAGCUUUGAGCAGCUGUGCAUCAACUUCACCAACAAGAAGCUGCAGCAGUUCUUCAACCACCACAUGUUCGUGCUGGAGCAGGAGGAGUACAAGAGGGAAGGCAUCGAAUGGGCCUUCAUCGACUUUGGCCUUGACCUGCAGGCCUGCAUCGACCUCCUGGAAAAGCCCAUGGGUAUCUUCUCCAUCUUGGAGGAACAGUGCGUCUUCCCCAAGGCCACGGAUGCCACGUUCAAGGCAGCCCUGUACGACAACCACCUGGGCAAGUCCAGCAACUUCCUCAAGUCCAAGGGGGGCAAGGGCAAGGGGCCCGAGACCCACUUCGAGCUCAUCCACUAUGCAGGCACUGGAGUGGGUUACAACAUCGCAGGCUGGCUGGAGAAGAACAAGGACCCCCUGAAUGAAACAGUGGUGGUGGGGGCAGCGUGGCCCCUGGAGCCAGCCCUGAAUCACGAAGGGCUACAGACCCUCCGGGGAGAGCAGUUGAACAGGCUGAUGACGACUCUCCACAGCACUGCCCCCCAUUUCGUCCGCUGUAUUAUCCCCAAUGAGUUUGAGCAAUCGGGCGUGGUGGAUGCCCACCUGGUCAUGUAUCAGCUGGCUUGCAGCGGAGUCCUGGAAGGCAUCCGUAUUUGCAGGAAGGGCUUCCCCAACAGGCUGCAGUACCCAGAGUUCAAACAGAGGUACCAAGUGCUGAACCCCAGCGUGAUCCCUCAGGGGUUCGUGGACAACAAGAAGGCCUCCGAGCUGCUGCUUGGGGCCUUGGGCCUGGAUACGAAUGAAUACAAAAUUGGACACACCAAGGUAGGGCCUUCCCAUGCUGCUCCCGCACCUCUCAGCCUUGUCCCAAGAAGAGGAGGCACUGAGGCCCUGAGAUAUGAGGAGACGUUCAAGGGGGCUCAGCUGGUGUUCUUCCGAGUGGGUAUCCUGGCCAAGCUCGAGGACGUGCGGGACGAGCGCCUGGCCAAGAUCAUGAUCACGAUGGGCCUCAAGGUCAUCCAGCCGAACACACGCAAGUUCUUGCAGCUGCGUUUCUGGGGCUGGUGGAAGCUCUACGACAAGAUCAAGCCGCUCCUGAACGUGGCUUGGCAAGAGGAGGAGAUGAAGGCCAAGGAGGAGGAGCUCAGGAAUGCCAUGGCCAAGACCCAGGAGUUGCUAGGCAAGGUCAAGGAGCUGGAGGAGAAGACGGCCACGCUCGGCCAGGAGAAGAAUGACCUCACCAUCCAGCUAGGGGCCGAGCAGGAGAACCUGAUGGACGCGGAGGAGCGCCUGACCCAGAAUGAGGCCAAGAUGGAGCUGGAGAGCCAGAUCUCCGACACGCGGGAGCGGCUGGAGGAGGAGGAGGGCACGACGGCCUCGCUGAGCGCCACCAAGCGCAAGCUGGAGGGGGAGCUGAGUGACCUCAGGUGGGACCUGGAGGGCCUGGAGACCACGCUGGCCAAGACGGAGAAGGAGAAGCAGGUGGGGAGGCCCUGGGGCCCCAGCCCAGUCCCCUCUCAGGACCGGGGACCCGCAGGGCUCGCCCUGCAGGGGCACAGCCGAAGCCCCCCGGCGGUGCUGCCCUGGACCCAAGCCACCCAGCCACACAUAACUAUUUUAACUUCAUUCAGUGCUGUUUCAAACGUGGGUCCUGCGUCGACCUGGCCACAUUUCCAGGGCUCAGUAGCCUCGUGUAGGGAGCGCUACUGUGUCGGAGGCAGCACACGGAUCAUGCACCCCUUGUGGCCAAAAGUCCUGCGGAACAGAGCAGCUGACCCAAGCGGCGCCCUGGAUCACAAGGUCCGCACCCUGACUGGGGACCUCUCACUUCGAGAAGACUCCAUCGCCAAGCUCCAGAAGGAGAAGAGGGCCCUGGAGGAGCUGCACCAGGUGGGUGCCCGCCGCUUCUCCCUUGGAGGAGCAGGUGGGACCGGAGGAGGUGGCGGUGACUCUGGUGGCAAAGUGCAGCUGCUGUCAGCCAUGCGAUUUUACAAAACGAAGCCCAAGAGCUUUCCUGCAUGCCCCAUGGAGAACCAGAGCCCCCGACUGAGCCCUGGGGGCCCACCUGCGGCCGAUGAGGGAUGGGUCUGCCCCGGCCUCACCCACCACCAGGAGCAGAAAACCCUUGACGACCUGCAAGCUGAGGAGGACAAGGUGAACCACCUGACCAAGAGCAACAGCAAGCUCAGCACCCAGAUCCACGAGCUGGAGGGUAACUGGGAACAGGAAAAGAAAAUCCGGGCGGAAGUGGGAAAGGCUCGCCGGAAAGCCGAGAGUGACUUGAAGAUGACCAUCCGUAACCUCACCGAGAUGGAGCGGUCCGAGAUGGAUCUUGAGGAGGUGGAGAGACAUGGAAACAGUUCGGUCAACUCUAAAUAUGAGGACGAGCAGUCUCUGAAUUCCACGCUGCAGCGGAAACUCAAGGAACACCAGGCCCGAAUUGAGGAGCUGGAGGAAGAGCUGGAGGCUGAGAGGGCCAUGAGGGCCAAGGUGGAGAAACAGCGCAGUGACCUGUCCCGGGACCUUGAGGACCUCAGUGACAGGCUGGAAGAGGCUGGGGGAGCCACGUCUGCUCAGACAAGGCGUUUAAUACCCUGUAGGACCGGCCUUUCAGUCAGGACAUCCCCUUGUGGGGUGCGGGAAGGCCAGGGGACCACAGAGCAGGUGGCGGCAUCCAGGCGGCCAGCCCGUAAGCCCUGCUUCUGCUCUCCCCAGAUCGAGCAGAACCGCAAGCGGGAGGCCGAGCUGCUGAAGCUGUGACGGGAGCUGGAGGAGGCGGCCCUGCAGAGCGAGGCGGCGGCCUCCACGCUGCGCAAGAAGCAUACAGACUCCAUGGCUGAGCUGACCGAGCACUUGGAGAACCUGCAGAGGGUCAAGUCCAAGCUGGAGGACAAGCAGGUUAUGAAGGCCGAGAUCGACGACCUCAGCGCCAGCGUGGAGACCGUGCAGAAUCCAAGGAUGAAUGCUGAGGCCCACGUCCGAAUGCUGGAAGAUAACUUAUCAGAAGCCAACGCCAAGGUGGCUGAGCUGGAGUGGAAGCAGGCGGAGAUCAAUGCCAUCAGGACCCGCCUCCGAGCUAAAAACAGUGAACUGAGCUGGGAACAGGAAGAAUCCCAGAGCCGCCUCAAUCAAAUCCUGCGGAUAAAGACAUCACUGACAUCGCAGGUGGACGAUUACAAGAGGCAGCUGGAUGAAGAGUCCAAGUCCCACAGCGCGGCCGUGGGGAGUCUCGCCAACACCAAGCAUGACCUGGACCUGAUCAAGGAGCAGCUGGAGGAGGAGCAGGGGCGGACCAAGUAUGAGACGGGCGCCAUCCAGAGGAUGGAGGAGCUGGAGGAGACCAAGAGGAAACUAGCCACCAGGCUCCAGGAAGCAGAAGAGGCAGCAGAAACGGCCCAGGCCCAGGCCGCCUCCCUCGAGAAAAAUAAACAGAGACUCCAGGCAGAAGUGGGGGACCUCACCCUCGACCUGGAGAAGACGUCUGUGGUCCUCAGAGUUGCCAGGAAGGGAGGGGGCAGACAGCAAGGAGAGGGCAAGAAAGGCAAGGCCCCUGAUACCCGCCCCACCUCGCUGCAGGCCAACGCUGCCGCCGCCGCCGCCCUGGACAAGAAGCAGCGGGUCUUUGACAAGAUGCUGGCCGAGUGGCAGCAGAAGUGUGAGGAGCUGCAGGUGGAGGUGGACACGUCGCAGAAGGAGUGCCACACGUACAUGACCGAGAGCUUCAAGAUCAAGACCGCCUACGAGGAGUACCUGGAGCACCUGGAGUCGGUGAAGAAGGAGAACAAGACUCUGCAGGAGGAGAUAAAGGAACUGAUUGAUCAGCUGGGUGAGGGAGGACAGAGUAUACAUGAGCUGCAGAAGAUGAAGAAAAAGUUGGAGAUUGAGAAGGAAGAAUUCCAGGUGGCCCUGGAGGAAGCCGAGUCUUCCCUGGAGGUUGAAGAGAGCAAGGUGAUUCGAAUUCAGCUGGAACUGGCUCAGGUUAAAGCUGACAUCGACCAGAGAAUUCACGAGAAAGAGGAGGAAUUUGAAGCUACGAGGAAAAACCACCAGCGGGUCAUUGAGUCCUUACAGGCCAGCCUGGAGGCAGAGGCCAAGGGCCGGGCGGAGGCACUUCGGCUCAAGAAGAAGAUGGAGACAGACCUGAAUGAGAUGGAAAUCCAGCUGGACCAUGCCAACAAAAACAGCAGUGAGCUUGUGAAGACGCUGAAAAGGCUACAUCAGCAAAUCAAGGACCUGCAGAUCCAGAUGGACAAGGACGCCCGGCAGCACGAGGAGCUGCGGCAGCAGUACAACCUGCAGGAGCGGCGCCUGAGCCUGCUGCAGACGGAGCUGGAGGACGUGCGCUCGGCCCUGGAGGGCAGCGAGCGCUCGCGCAAGCUGCUGCAGCAGGAGGUGGUGGAGGUCACCGAGCGGCACAACGAGCUCAACGUCCAGAACCAAAGCCUCCUCGCGGUCAAGCGCAAGCUAGAGUCGGAUGUCCAGCACAUCUCCUACGAGCACGAGGAGCUCAUCAGUGAGUUCCGCUCGGCCGACGAGAGGGCCAAGAAAGCCACAAUAGACGCCACCCGCAUGGCGGAGGAACUCUCACAGGAGCAGGACCACUGCAUGCACCUGGAGAAGAUCAAGAAGAACUACGAGGUCACCAUCAAAGACCUGCAGGCCAAGGUGGAGGAGGCCGAGCAGCUGGCUCUGAAGGGAGGGAAACGCACGAUCAUGAAGCUGGAAGCCAGGAUCAAGGAACUGGAGACAGAGCUGGACGGCGAGCAGAAGCAGCACGUGGAAACAGUCAAGACGCUGCGGAAGAAUGAGCGGCGCCUCAAAGAGCUGGUCUUCCAGACGGAGGAGGACCACAAGACCAACCAGCGCAUGCAGGAGCUGGUUGAGAAGCUGCAGAACAAGCUGAAGGUGUACAAGCGGCAGAUCGAAGAGGCGGUGGGUGCUUGUCGUGCAGCCCGAUUCUGUCUCCCUCCCCGGCCCAGGUCUCCUUGGUGAGAAUGAACCACAGCAAAGGAACCAAGUCUUGGCCAAAAGACGGUUCCCGUGAGCUUCAGGUCCAUGGCACUUUGCCAUCAGGGGAGGUGGACUGGACACGACACACCGGAGAUGGGAACGUGUGAAAAAUGAAGGUAGCCCCUGAGAACGCCGUACUGAUUGUGCGCCCGCUGCAGGGGGGAUCUAAAGCCAGGGAGGGUCUCAGCUGCCUUCGUCCUGCUCCCACUGGCCUUCGUGUCCUCUCCUUCUGGGUCAGAUGGUUAAACAUCAGGUCCUUCCCUUAUGUGAGUUUCCCAACACAAGGAGGAAGGCUGACAGGUGUGCUAACAGGCCAGAGUAGGGGAUUUAUGUGACUGCAGUCAAAGUCUAAGGGUUAGCAAACAGCGGCUUCAGGUCUCAGCGCUAGACCCCACAUCCAUGCACCACCCCCAGCAUCCCCACCCAGGAGGACACAAAGAUUGGAUUUUGCUGUCAUUCGCUGCUGGUUCUAGAUCCACCACGUUGAAUCUAUCAGCCACCCACACACCCAACACGCUUCCCAAAAGGCUCGAUCAGGGCCAGGCUUACAGGAAAUAGAGUUCUCAUCAAAACAACACCAGGACACUCCAUCAGGAAGACGAGGGGAUGGGAAAUGUGUGAGGUGGCUAGAGAACGCACCAAAUCCACACCUUAAAAUAAAAAUAUGAUCAUCAAAGCCAAAACCAAUCAGCUAGGAGCGCUCGCUGAAGGUGGAUGCCCGUGGUGACCUGGAGGACGCCUCGGCCGGGACUGCUGUGUUUUGUCACAAGGCUUACAGAACAGCUGGACUCUUGAGAAGCCCGAGCAGAACCCAAAACAAUGCACCCUUAGCCAGAACAAGCCAGGCUCACAGCCCAUGUUCCCCCAUUCCUUUGUCACAGGAGGAGCAGGCCAACCAGACCUUGGCUCGCUAUAGGAAGACGGUGCACGAGCUGGAUGACGCUGAGGAGCGCGCUGGCAUGGCGGAGACCGCCCUGAACAAGCUGCACGCCAGACACCGCGUGGCCGGCAAAGGCAUCACCUCCG